GACUCUUAUGUCCCAUAAAAUUGGAACGAUAUAGACUGAUGAGUUUAUGCUUCUCUCCAUUGCCUUUUAAUCCCACCGCCGCAAGCGCAACUUCCCGCUUACAUCGCCCCCCACCGCCACCUCUGCCGCCGCUACUGCUUUGCAGCAAUGGUGGAUCCAUGGUGGGCUCUGUUAGGUGCGGCCAUACCAGCCAUAAUUGCAGGUCAAGCUUUCAGAAUGAAGAAGAAGAGUGUUGAAGAGCAAAGGUUAAAGAGUGCUAGAGGACGUGAAAAAAGCUCUGAUGAAAUUUUUGUUUGUGAAAGGGUAUGCACUUCGAAAAGGAUGUUAAAAAAGGUUGGUACUUUUUCUAACGACCCAACUGUUGAUUCUUGUGUCACUGUUUGUGGUGUUUCUGAACUUGAUGCUUGUGCUGAUGCUUGUGCAAGAACUGUUUGUGUUAAUCAACAUCAAGUACCCAAUUGGAAUGAUGUCUGUUUAAGGAGGUGCCAAAAUGAGUGCCUUAGGCUGUCUAAUUCCUCUGUUGCUUCUUGAGAAUUUCGUGUAUCUGCAAUUUACUUGACUUUGAUUUACAAGAAGUUUGUGUUCUUCUAUAUUUUAGUGAAUUGAUUAUCAACACUGUCUAUGUUAACCCAUAUCCAUUCGAAGGGUUUAUUUUAUACCAUUUUCGGGUUGAAGUAGAAA